UGUGCGAGCCUUCUGAGAUCUCAGGUUUUGGUUUCUGGUUUGCAGGAACUGCUCCGACUUUAUUUGGUGCUUUAACUGCAGAGAUUUCACCUCCUGACCAGCUGCUGCCGUUCGGAUCACAGCGAGGAACAGACUUUAUUCAGCAUCAUGUUUUUAUUGGAGCUUUUAUCUUUGUGCGUCUUUCCUCUGAUGAUGUCUGCAGUAACAGCAGGACAUGAAAACGGGCGAGGAACCAUCGUGGUGGUUGUAUCUGAAGGAAACUACAUCAUCUUACCGUGCUCGCUCAGCUCCCAGGAGAGCCUCGUACGAACACGCUUUGACUGGAGAAAAGACGAUGAGCAGGAGGUGUUUGUGUACGAUGCCGGCCUCCAUCAUAAUAACAGACGUUCAGGUCAAGACGAGCACUUCAGAGGACGCGUGUCACACUUUUCAGACCAGCUGAAGUUUGGUAACGCCUCCAUCAUCAUCAGAAACACCAAGGUGGCCGACAGUGGAGACUACACCUGUGAUUUUCCAUUUCAUCAGCCAGACAGAGAAACAUUUAACGUCACCCUCGUUGUUGGUGCAGCUCCGAAGCCGUUUGUUGGGAUCCUGAACAUCAGCGAGGUCGGGGUGCAGCUGAAGUGUGAGGUCAGAGGUGCUUCUCCAAAGCCUAAAGUAGAGUGGAGGGACAGCGAUGGAAACAUCCUUCCUGCUGAGGAGCCACAGGUGUCACACACAGGAGAGCGCUAUGACAUCACCCUCCUCACCACGGUGACCAGGACAAACAGCAGCCUCUUCCACUGUGUAGCCACACAGGAGGAGCUCAGCCACCGAGCUGCUGACGAGAUCUUUGUUCCAGACCAGCUGUUUGCAUCCUGCUGUGGAGACACCGUGCUCAUAGUUUCAUUUGUUUCUGGGAUUCUUUCUGCGCUCGUCGUUUUGUCUCUCUGUGUGUGUUUCAUCUACACCACAGCGUAACCUGCCUUUAAAGCUUCUCAGUGAAACCAGAGAGACGAUGUUUCUGUGAAAGCUGAUUUACAGCAGACGCUCCAGAAGAAAGUUACUGAGGGAAACAGAUUCAUACCUCAGUGAACUGAAAUCCUGCGUUUCCUUUGUCUUUAUGUUGAUCCAGCUUAUUACAGGGAAGGAAAUACUCUUGCUUUAAUUUAUGCCAUCUGUUUUAAUUGCAUUGAGAAGCAGGGCUUUCUAUGAUGAUCAUGAAAUGUGAAAACUGACACUGCAUUUGACAUGUUGUUAUCAGGAAGUGAAGUCUGAAGCACGCGAAAGUGCAGCUGGUUUUAAUUCUGUUCGGUCCUGUUACAGGACGUCUGUGAAUGUUUUUAGUGUUUGUGCUCCAGAACUAUUGCUCUCAUUAUUAUUAUUAUUAUAUGUUUCAUGUCUGCAGUCAGACAGUCUCAGUCAUUAGUCACUCAGAAGAUCGUUUCACAGGUCGUCCCAUCUCGAAUCAACAAAACAAACAAACAAACAAUUUGAAGACAUGAACGUUGUGCUGUUUAUAGACAUGUCUGAGUCUAUGUUGAAUUGCCUUUUUAAAAUUCUGUCACCAUAAAAACUGCUCAAGAUCCUUUAAAUUUAAUAUCUGAUGCAACGACAGGAGCUCCACUCCUAAAGAUCCAUAUUCACAGAGCCAUGUUUACACAUGUGCACAUAUACAGUAACUAACUGUGGCUGCUGUGUAAAGUGCAAAAUGUACCUCUGCUGUGUAAUGUACAACCUUCUUUUCAAAACACGUGUUAGCGACCUCAUCAUCAUCAGUGCCCCUCCCACCUCCCAUCCUCUGCCCAGUGUUUUCCUGAUCAAGGCCAUGAGCAGAAACAUGUUGAUUGAGUAAUUCAGUCGUUCUUGUUCCCACGAUGCUGCUCGAGCUUCACCUUCUUUAGGCUAUCACUCUUCUUCCUGCACCUUGAGUAAUAAGUGAAGUUGUGCCAGAGAUCUUUGUGUUUCCACGGGUGUCGUCCUGAUCCAGGAUCACAUCAGCUCCAGUUUUAUCUCUUUACAGUGAAACAGACGCUCAGAGCUCCGCUUGAUGUGGUCCAAGGAUGAGCGACGUCCCUGUUUUUUACUGUUAUUUAGUCUGUGCUGAUACUUUAGCUUCCAAUCUGUGGAGGCUUGAUGCUCAUGACUUUUAAACAUUAGUUUUCUCUUUUUUGU